GAGAGGGAGGGGGAGAGAGAAUGGACACCCCAGAGAAGAACCACGUCACCGCCACUUCUGAGUUCGAGGAUUCUCCUGUGUUUAAUUACAUCAGCAAUCUUUCUCCCAUUGGACCAGUCGAGUCCAUACGAACUAAUUGUGCAUUUAAUUCACUCACUUGUGCAUCUCCUCCAUCUGUGUUUGCUUCACCACAGAUUUGUAUCCACAAAGAAACUAGAUUUUCAUUUAGAAGGCAUCACUUCUUAGACCCAUCAAAACCUGAUUCAUCUCAUAGUGGAAAUGAAAACAAUGCAAGUGAAGGGGUUUCAGCCGCUGUUCAAAGUUCUGUGUGUUCAGAAAGAGAGAUCACUAUUGAGCCACCUGAUGAGAACUCGGAUUUAGUAAUCGAGUUGCCAAAGACCUUGAGGUAUGAUUGCAGUAGCCCUGAUGGUGAUGUGGUACGUUCUGAUGCGAUUACAACAGAGACUAUGCCAGACUUGGUGUUGGCAUCAUUUGAUGAGUUACUCAUGGAUGACUCAAAAGGGAAGCACCAUUCAUUUAAACGUGAAAUAAAUUUGCGUAGAAUCUGUUCAAUUGAGCAAAACGAAGAAGCACGCAGUUGGGUGACAUUGGUUUCUGACGCUGCUGAUCUGUUAUUCGUUGAUUUAUCUAACAAUGAAGAGCAUUUUGAGGGGCAAGAUCACAAAUCAGUUGAUCCUGGGACAAUGUCUUUUAUCUCAACUGUCCUACAGCUCCCACAAGACAAUGCAAAUGAUUUAGGGAGGACAGAAUCUGUUGGUGCCAUCACUUCUUGUAAACCAUGUGAAAUAGGAGAAACAGCAACUCAAUCGAGAGAAAUAGGGGACCUGAAAGAAACAGAUCCAGCAUCCGCAUUCCCUUCUAGCACCGUAUUGGAUAAGCUAAUUGUAAGUGAUUCAAGUGAUGAAGUGGACCACAAGGGGCAAAAGUGCAUGCAGGCCAGAUCCAAGAGGCAUCGUAGUAUACGACAACGCUGUUUGGUUUUUGAAACGGCAGGAGCUUGUAAAAAUAAACCAAUAUUCGAUUGUAAUAGUUCUUCGGUCUCAAUACAAUCUGAUUGUAAAGUGGCCUCUGAUGAAAAGCAGUUGGUUCAAGUUAAUGCCAGAAGUGAUUGUUCAUCAUCCGUGGUAUCUGGUAGUGGUUUGCACUUGAAUGCUCUUUCAGCUGCUUCGCCAAACUCGGUGGCCUCUAGACCUAAUCAGAAUACUCUUGAUAAAUCCUUGAGUCCAAACACUUUGAUAAGUGAUUUGCUUCCAUGUGACAAUGAAGCUCAGGUUACAGAAAAUGCUCCUCAAACGUCUAAAAGUGCUGUUGGUGAAGAGUUUGACCAUAGUAGUCCUAAAAGAAAGAGGUUAAAGUCGGAAGAUGUUGGAGAAAGCAAGGCCUGCAAGCGCUGUAAUUGUAAGAGAUCAAAAUGCUUGAAACUUUACUGCGAAUGCUUUGCUGCUGGCCUCUACUGUGUUGAGCCUUGUUCAUGCCAAGAUUGUUUUAACAAACCUAUUCAUGAAAACACUGUUCUGGAGACUCGGAGACAGAUUGAAUCUCGCAACCCACUUGCAUUUGCUCCCAAAGUGAUCAGACGCAUCGAUGCAAUUCUGGACACUGAGUUACCUUUUCCCUUGCAGUGUGAAACCAAAACUCCAGCUUCAGCCAGGCAUAAAAGUGGAUGCAACUGCAAAAAAUCAAGUUGCUUAAAGAAAUACUGUGAAUGCUUUCAGAGUGGGGUCGGAUGUACUAUCAGCUGCAGAUGCAAUGGAUGUAAAAACACUUUUGGUCAAAAGGAUGGAGCACAAGAAACUGAGCUCAAAAGGGAAGAAUCAGAAGCUUGUGAAAAGAAUGCAUUGGGAGUAAGUUUACAGAUAGUCAAGGAGGAUGAAAAGGAACAUCUUCAUCUCCCAUUUAAACCUUCUUCCAAGAUUAGCAGAUCUUUACAGACACAUAAUGAGGAUGGAAAAGAGCAUCCAGAUCUCCCAAUAACGUCUACUUCUGAUAUAAGCAGACCUCCAAUUCAACUGCCCUUCACCUUUAGUGGGAAGCGUCCUCUAUCUUAUUUUGCCUCUGCCAAAACAUCACCUCGGCUGUGCACCAGAUUUGAGAAACCUGUUGGAAUGAUUCCAGCAGAUGAAACAAAUGAGGCUCCGGAUGGUGCUAGUGAUGUGAUAUCAGUCUCUCCAAAGUCUAAGAGGGUUUCACCUCCUAACAGAGAAUUUGGGUCGACUGCUUGGAGGCAUGGUAGGAAAGUGAAAUUAACUCUGAGAUCUAUCCCACCAUUUCCAUCUCUCACUCCACCAGGAAAGCAGUGAUUUUGGUGAUGUUUAGAAAUGUUGUGGCUAUAGUACAAUGCAUUUUUCAACAUAGUAGUGGUAUAUAGUAAACAGGCAAUGUAAAAAUAUAUAAAUAUUACAUACAAAUCCAUUUCUUUAGAGUAAUGUUGUUUAGUAGAUUGUGAUACAACUUGAAUGACAUUGCAGUGAAAAUUAACUUUUGGAUUAGUAAGGGUUUGUUAAAAAAAGUCGAAUGUUGAUUUUCAUUGUCAAAUCAUCUCAAUUAUAUGACAGUUAUGUACCCGUCUUUAUGCCCCAAUUCUCAAUCCAUAUGCAUUCAAAUUUUGUAAUAGCUUGAACCUUCCAUCCCUAGGGUUGUGUUAUGAAUU